AUGGGUUUGAUUACUUCAAGGGAGCAGACAAUGUUGGACGGUCCGGUGGCGUCGGCGAAGAGCCACCAUGUACGGCAGCCUUCGACUAGGAACCGGACGAAGCCUCCGAUGCCGGACCGGGAUGAGUUGGAAAACCGUUUCGUCAAAGUUUUGUGA